AUCAAAUCAUCAUCACAAUGAAGCUCCUCCUUCUUCAUCUCUCUAUCUUCCUCUCCAUCCUCUUCGUCUCUCUCCCAUUUUCUUACAGCUGCACUGAAAAUGACAAAAAUGCCCUACUUGAGAUCAAGAAAUCACUGAACAACCAUCCCCUCCUCUCAUCUUGGAAUCCCCAAACCGAUUGCUGUACCGGCUGGAGCGGCGUCGAAUGCACUUACGGUCGUGUCACUUACCUCACCCUUUCCUCCAAAAAAUUCUCCGGAAACAUCCCACCAGCCAUCACCAAGCUCAAGAGCCUCGACAUCCUCUUCUUUAAGUACAGCAAUUUCUCCGGUCCGAUUCCUGAUAACAUCAGCGACCUCAAGAACCUCACCUACUUGGGCCUUUCCGAGAACCAACUGACCGGUCCAAUUCCCGGUACGCUUUCUCAGAUGCCAAAGCUCGAAGCCAUUCACGUCAACGAUAAUAAGCUAACCGGUUCUAUACCAAACUCUUUCGGUUCUUUUGUUGGCAACGUCCCUGGACUCGACUUGUCUAACAACAGGCUCUCAGGAAAAAUACCGGAGUCGUUGUCAAAACACGACUUCAACUCAGUGUUUCUGUCGGGAAACAGUUUCGUAGGAGAUGGUUCGAUGUUCUUCGGACGGAACAAAACAACAGUACAAGUGGAUCUGUCGAGAAACAUGUUUCAGUUCGAUCUCUCAAAGGUUAAGUUCGCUAAGAGCAUACUUACGUUGGAUCUGAGCCAAAACCGAAUCUUUGGGAAGAUUCCUCAGCAGCUGACUAACCUACGUCUAGAGCGUUUCAACGUGAGCUACAAUCGUCUCUGCGGUAAAAUCCCACGUGGAGGUUUCCUUCAGACCAGUGAACCAUCUGCCUUCUCUCAUAACCUCUGUCUCUGUGGGAUCCCACUUAUUAAGGCUUGUUGAUUUGGUUUAAUGGCUGGUGAAAUGUUUUAAUUUAUGUUGUUUUGUGCUAAUAAUUAUCACCGCCUACCAAGUUAAUUUGUUCCUUGUAAGAGUUUUAAUGUUAAGAAAAUGGUAAGAAUGUUGUUGAGAUAUUCAAUAAAGGAAUCUCUUUAAUAUA